AUGGCGCGCCGGAGGAGCAGCGGUAUAACGAGUCUGGGGUUUAACCAGGACCAAGGCUGCUUCACAUGCUGCCUAAUAUCGGGCCUGCGCGUAUACAAUGUUGACCCUCUGGUUGAGAAAGCACAUUAUAGUAAGGAGGAGCUUGGUGAAGUAUCUCUCUGUGAAAUGGUGUUUCGAACUAACUGGUUACUAGUAGUUCGUGCGAGACGACCAUGCAGCCUCAUGCUUCUUGACGAUCAACAGAGAGCUUUCAGAGCCGAGGUCCUGUUCAAAUCACCAAUACGAGCCUUGAAAGCUAGGAAGGAUAAAGUAGCAGUAGUGUUAUCAUCAACAGUACAGAUUCUAUCUCUGCCUUCAUUAACUCGGGUCGCCUUGCUCCGUACUCCGAGCGCGGGACGUCCCCUUUGUGCGAUAGCUACAGACCCGGGGGCAGCGCAAUUAGUAGCUGCGCCUGCGCAUAGGAAAGGAUCGUUACAGAUUUUGGAUGUGUCCCGAGCUAUAAAGAACGCCGCGUCAAGUUCACCGGCGGUGGUCAGUUGUCAUCAGACAGACCUCGUCUGCAUAAGCCUGUCUCCCAAUGGAGCGAAGCUAGCUACGGCCAGUGAACGUGGAACUAUCAUAAGACUAUGGGAUACAAACACUAAACAUAUGCUGCACGAACUUAGACGGGGGUCUGAUUACGCUGAUGUUUAUUGUAUCAACUUCAACUGGUCCGGUACACUGGUUUGCUGUGUCUCGGAUAAGGGCACCCUACACGUGUGGCUCGCUCGAGGUAACUACACGCACGUGUGUGCGGCGCCUGCUACCUCACAAAGAGCUCUGUGUGCAUUCAGUGACGAUAGCAGCGCUAUAGUAAUCUGUGAGGAUGGAACAUUUCACAAAUUCACAUUCUCUACUGAAGGGAGCUACCAUCGUAACGACUUUGAAUAUUUUUUACAGGUCAGUACUAUUUAUUACAUAAUAUGA